UCUGAAUCUUUCUUGUGGAUAACCCUCUGGGCACAGACACCAUUUCAUUUCUCAAACCCAAAACCCCAUAAAAAGUUUCAAACUUUAUUACACAAUUCUUGUUAAAAAUGGCAAUUUCAUCAUCUUUAACAACACCCAUGUUCCCAUUAUGCAAUUCUUCUUCAACAACACCAACUCCCAAAAAACUUUCUUCUGCUUUGCCUUUUCUUCCAAAUGUUUCCAAGAUUCAGUUUCUUCAAUCAUCUCGUUUGUCUACUACUAAAGUCUUUGCUGCCCCUGAAACUUUGGAACAAACCCUUGAGGUUGAGGACCCUGAAUCUACAACAGUACUUGUUGGCUCUGAUGCUGAAAAGUUGGCACCAAAACAGAAAAUAAGGAUUAAACUGAGGUCAUACUGGGUGCCUUUAAUUGAAGAUUCAUGCAAGCAGAUCAUGGAUGCUGCUCGGACAACAAACGCAAAGACCAUGGGUCCUGUUCCGUUACCAACCAAGAAAAGGAUUUACUGUGUGCUUAAAUCUCCUCACGUUCACAAAGAUGCAAGAUUUCACUUUGAGAUCAGAACCCAUCAACGGCUCAUUGACAUUCUACACCCGACUGCACAAACCAUCGACUCUUUGAUGCAACUUGAUCUUCCAGCUGGUGUUGACGUUGAGGUUAAACUUUAGAAACGAACAUACCUAGUCCCUUUUGCUAUCAAAUGCUUCUGCUUGACACUUUCGUAUCGUAAAUUCAUUACCUGUAUCAUUGUUGAUUAAAAGGGAUGAUAUUUUGGUAAAGUAUUUUGUAAUGGGUUAACCUUUUAAAAUGGUGGUUUAUGCACUUUAGAUUGGAUGUUUAAGACGAAAA